AUGCUCGUCCCGCUGUCGCCCAUCGACAAUGCCGUCGCCGACAUGGGCAUCACCUGCGGCUACGUGUUCGCUCGCCCCGCCGGCGCUGCGAGCGACGACGCCGGGACGGCCCUCCUCGCCGAGCUCGAGGCCGCGACGCGUCGAGUCGUUGCCAAGUGGCCCUUGCUGCAGGGCCACGCCGUGUGGCAGAAGGAGAAGGGCAUCUGGGGCGUCGACGUCCCCGACGAGCCUCUGACGACGAGCAGGCCGUUCCUCUUCUCGUCUACCCGCAUCGCCAAGCCGUACGCCAAAGCCGCCUCGCUCUCGGCCCCCCUCGAACCCCUCGAACGCACCUCGUCCCCCUGCGCCUUCCAGCCCGCCCACAAGCUCUCCUUCUUCCGCUCGGCCUCGCUCCCGACGACCUUUGCCGGCUACGCCAAGUCGCACGCGUCGUUCCUCGCCGUGCACGCGACCCUGUUCGCCGACGUCGUCGCCGUCGGCCUCACGGCGCCGCACGGCCUCGUCGACGCGACCGGGCUCGGGUGGGCCGUGCGCGCGCUCGGCGCCGAGCUGCACGGCGAGGCGUGGGCCGUACCGCCGCUCGCGAUGGACGCGCAGGGCGACAACGUGCUCGCGGUCGGGCUCGAGGCGAUCAAGCGCGGGCCUGAGCGCACCCGGGACGGCGAGCUGGACGGCGGCGCAGUGGCGCUCGAGGGCGACGAAGACGACGGCGACGUCGAGUCGAGCGCGGCGAAGCACGCCCUCGCCGGGUGGGUGUCGGCGAGCAGCCUCAAGAACGUGGCGUGCUUCCUCGCCAACUACGCGUGGGAGAAGCUGCGCAACCACGACGAGCCUCGGCACGUCUUCCUCAGCCGGCGAGCCGUCGAUGCCCUCGUCGACAGCGUCAAGGCCGAGGUGCGGCGCGAGACGGGCGGCAAGGAGUGGGUGUCGACCGGCGACGUCCUCACGGCUUGGGCGCUCAAGGCCGUCCACGCCGACGAGGCGACGUCGCACACGGCCGCCGCCGUCUCGCCCGUCUUUGCCCUGCGCGACCUCCUCUCGCUCGCGUCGUACCCGCACAACGCCGUCGCGCCGUACCCGUUCUCGCCCUCGCCGAUCCCGCUCUCGACCCUCGCGACGACCUCGAUCGGUUCUCUCGCCCUGACGCACCGCCGCUCGCUCGACAAGGCGCGCACGCGCCCGUUCGUGCGCGCGACGCUCGCGAGGAUGGACGAGCUCGCGUGGAGCAACGGCGGGCAAGUGCCCAUCAUGCCUGCGAGGGCGUGGCCGUGGCACCUCGGGUGGGUCGGCGCGCUCGCAGCGCGGCGGCGUCGCAGCGGCACCAGCAGCAGGACGGGAGGCGACGAGGAGCACGAGGCGCCGUCGCACCACUGGAUCGUGAGCAACCAGAUGGUGAGCGGCCUCGCCGAUUUGACGCUGCCGGCGUCGCUGUUCGACGUCGCAGCCUCGAGCGGCGCGCCUCGCAGCAAAGCGUCGUCCGCCUCCUCGUCGUCGUCGACCUCGCGCCCAGUCGACCUCGCGCUCCUCGGCUUCUACGUGCGCAUCACGGCGACGAUCAAGGACCACCAGGCGUUCCGGUUCCAGGUCAACGCCGAGGGCGUGUUCCUCGAGGGCAGCAUGCGCCGCACGCGGUGGCGGGCGCUUGGGAGGGCCGUCGAGCGGCUCGAGCGCGACUUUGGGCACGCGGCGGCAGCGACGGCGGUGGCGAGCGAGAAGUAGAGGAGCCUGUGUGUCGGAUAGAAGAACUCGGGCUCUCGUUCUCCUGGGCUGUAACGCGCGCUUUCUCUCUCUC